GCUGGGCCUGACGUAAGAGCAACUACCGAAGAAGUGACAGCCAACGAGGGGACUUCAUGAAGCAAUAGACUGUCCCUUAUUCUGGAUUAAAAACAUGAGGAAGGACGUGAGGAUACUGCUCGUCGGGGAACCCAAGGUGGGGAAGACGUCACUGAUCAUGUCUCUGGUCAGUGAGGAGUUUCCUGAUGAGGUUCCUCUGCGAGCUGAGGAAAUCACCAUCCCCGCAGACGUCACCCCAGAGAGGGUCCCCACACACAUUGUGGAUUACUCGGAAGCAGAGCAAUCAGAUGAGCAGCUCUAUCAAGAAAUAUCUAAAGCAAAUGUUAUCUGCAUAGUGUACUCUGUCAACAACAAGAAGUCAAUUGAAAAGGUGACAAGCCACUGGAUUCCCCUUAUCAAUGACAGAAUAGACAAAGACAGCAGGGUACCAUUGAUCCUUGUGGGCAAUAAGUCUGACCUGGUGGAGCACAGCAGCAUGGAGACCAUCCUGCCUAUUAUGAAUCAAUACCAGGACAUUGAGACGUGUGUCGAGUGCUCGGCCAAAAAUCUGAAGAACAUCUCCGAGUUGUUCUACUAUGCCCAGAAGGCAGUUCUCCACCCGACAGGACCUCUGUACUGUCCAGAAGACAAGGAGCUGAAGUCUUCUUGCAUCAAGGCUUUAACUAGAAUCUUUAAAGUGUCCGACCUGGACAACGACGGCAUCCUGAAUGACAACGAGCUCAAUUUCUUUCAGAGAACGUGCUUCAACACGCCACUGGCGUCCCAGGCCUUAGAGGAUGUUAAAAAUGUAGUCAGGAGAAACAUGGCCGAUGGAGUGAAGGAUAACGGGCUCACGCUUAAAGGCUUCUUGUUCCUGCACACUCUUUUCAUACAGCGCGGCCGACACGAGACCACCUGGACUGUGCUCAGGAGGUUUGGUUACGACGACGACCUGGAGCUCACGCAGGAAUAUCUCUUCCCUGUAGUCAAGAUUCCUCCUGACUGCACCACGGAGCUAAACCACAACGCUUACCUCUUUCUUCAGAGCGUCUUCGACAAGCACGACAAAGACCGAGAUUGUGCGCUAUCGCCAGAGGAGGUGAAGGACCUGUUCAAAGUAUUUCCCUACACGCCGUGGGGUCCGGACGUCAACCACACAGUGUGCACUAAUGAGGAGGGAUGGAUCACAUACCAAGGAUACCUCUCCCAGUGGACGUUAACGACAUAUUUGGAUGUCCAGCGGAGUUUGGAGUAUUUGGGUUAUCUGGGCUAUUCCAUCAUCUACGAGCAGGAGUCCCAAGCCGCUGCGAUCACAGUGACACGAAACAAAGGCAUCGAUCUACAGAAGAAACAGACCCAGCGCAGUGUGUUCCGCUGCAACGUCCUCGGCGCCCGAGCUAGCGGGAAGAGCGGCUUCUUGCAGGCCUUCCUGGGAAAGAACCUUCAGCGACAGAGGCGGAUUAGAGAAGAUCACAAGUCCCUGUACGCCAUCAGCACAACCUAUGUGUAUGGUCAAGAGAAGUACCUGCUGCUCCAUGAGAUGAUGCCCGAUUUCGAUUUCAUGUCAGAAGUGGACCUCGCUUGCGAUGUGGUCUGCCUGGUCUACGACGUCGGCAAUCCGCGUUCUUUUGAAUACUGCGCCAAAAUCUACAAGCAAUACUUGAUCGACAGCAAGACCCCGUGCGUGGUGAUAGCCGCCAAAUCGGACCUGCACGAAGCGCGGCAGCAGUAUAGCCUUUCGCCGCAGGAGUUUUGCCGCAAACACAAGCUCCACCCGCCCCAGCCGUUUACGUGCAACACCACCGAGGCCCCCGGCAAAGACCUCUACACCAGGAUCACCACCAUGGCCAUGUACCCCCACGCCCGUCUCCGCUGCAUGUGCGCCUGCAACAAGUGCACCUAUUGCCUGUGUCAGAACCUCCUCAAGAUGGAGUUGCUGCGCACCAUUAAGGCCCAACUGCGCAGGGUCGUUCACAACAGGCACAUGGCGCAAGCAGACCUGAAGAACUCCACUUUCUGGUUGCGGGCCAGCGUAGGCGCCACCGUGUUUGCCGUGCUGGGCUUCGCCAUGUACAGAGCGCUUCUCAAACAACGGUGAUGGGACGGCAGCGGCAGACGUCUGCAUCCUCUUUCCCGCCGUGGUUCUCGUCCCGUCCUGUCCCGUCCCGUCCGGUCGUCACCCGUGCGACCGACCGGCUUACCUACUGCCUGCUUGAUCCCGCCACAUUCAUCCUUUCAUAGUAAGAAACCAUUUUAUAUGCAUUUAAUCAUCAAGUGUCAAUCCUGUUUUGGUUUGUGGGGGUUGAAGUCAAAUGCAACUUGCGAAUGCCUACCAGUCAAUUCUCAGACACGGACAUUGUGUCCAUAUUUGUUUUUAGUUUUUCUCAGGUCAAGUUGAGGCAACCACAACGGGACUUGAGUGUGUUAAUAGAUGUGUAUAUGCAGUAUAUUCUGGAUGUUGUCCUGAAAAAGGUUUUAGCAAUGACCUGGUGGCCUCUUGCACCAUCUAGUGGCGUCCAAACAAACUUCAUUUUAACACUCAUGGAUGUUAUGCAGCCGUUUAUUUGGAUUUAAUUUAUAAAUGUGUCAACCUGUUCACAUGCUACAAAUAUAUUUUUCUUGUAUUUUUGUAUUUAGCGCUCUCAAGGCUAUUUCCUCGCUGUUUUUAACUUGUCUUGGUUUGCAACUAGCUCUGUAUGUACUUCUCGUUUGUUAGAAUAACUAAUAGCCAAGUCCCCCUUCCACAUACACACACGGCAAUCUUUCACAACUUUGUGUAUAAUUGGGUCAAAUGGCGGCUAAUUUCACAAGUCAAAGAAAUGAUUUUAAAUAAUGAAUAAAUUGCAUUUACACCCA